AUGAACUACAACAUGACACCGAGUUUCAUUCCGGCGCCUGAACAGCAGUACAAUUCCUUCGUGAGCAACGGAUCUAACUUCACGUCGCCAAUUUGUACAGUCAGUUAAUUUAAAUUUUAUGAAUUAGUAACAGCUAUAUGAUAAUUUUCAGGAAAUCACGUGCUGUGUUUGUUGAGCCUACAAACCACGCACAGGGACAACAAUUUCAACAUCAAGUACCAUAUACUAUUGGACAAAAUGCUCAGUUUUCUUCUUACUACACUAACGGAACGUCAUCUCAACCAGAACAAAGUUACUCGAACCAAGUUUUCACUUUUUCCCAUAAUGCGCAUUACAAUGCUCCAAACUAUGUUCCGGCCUAUAUUCCACCAGACCCAUAUGUUAGAGAAUCAACUCGCCAGAAUUCAUCUUCUUCAUUUUCAAAUUCUGAUUUUAAAGUUCAAGACAAAGUAAGUAGUGCACUGAACUUCAACAAUAAACAUUAAUUUACUUAAGGAUCAAAUCCUCGAAGAAAUUGUUCGCGAAUGCAAUGAAAUAGAACGCCGCUCCACGUCCAGUGGAUCUCCCAUGUCGAGUUGGUCAUCUGACGAACGUGAAACUUCUGAACCACGCUCUUACCAUCCAUAUAAGACUCCAGAAAAGAAAGAACGCAAGAAGGCACAAAACCGCUUGGCUGCGACCAGAUAUCGCGAGAAGAAACGCCGCGAGAAGGAAGAAGCCAUGACUUGCAUUGAAGGACUUAGUCUCAAAAAUAACAAGUUGAGAGAUCAGGUUGAUUUGAAUUCAGUAGUAGACAUAUAUAUUCAAAUGAUAUAUAUUUAGGUUGACGAGCUCGAACGUGAAGUCAAAUAUUUCAAGAAGUUUAUGCGUGAGAUGGGAAUGCCACAGUCGGAACUUUAUGCUUAA